CGCAAACAACGACCUCGAUAUUCCCCUGACUACUUCCAAAUUGGCAGCAUGGUGUCGGUGCAAGAAGUCCAAUCUUUGCUCCAUUUCCUGUCAAAAGACGCCAAAGUGCCGCUUGGUCAGGCAUUAGGGAAAGUCAAAGACCUCCAAGCCGCUAAACUGCUGACGCCUGAGCAAAUCGCCAAAGCCAACUUCCAGAGUCUGAAGACCAUCUUUGAAGAUGAGAAGAUAGCACGACAGGUCCUCAAUGCCGCCAAACGGGCAUCGAAGAAGCGAACUUUGAGCGAUCCAUCUGGUCUAGGACCGACGCCAGCGUCAUCACCCAAGAAGAUCAAGCCGUUAUAUGGACAAUCCCUCACGCCGUCAGAAAUUGAAGCUUCACUCGCGCUACCAGAAGCGAUAAACAAUGAAGACAUACUCAAAUCCAAAACCAUCUUCACUAAUCGAGCACCACUAGUCUUGGCAUUCACAGUGGCACUGCUGAAAUUCACCAUGCCAGAACAGCCGUUAUCAAGCAGACUGAGCCUCGCACAAGCCGUCGUCAGUAUGAAUAGCAAGACCAAAGCAGUGCACAUCGGUAUCGACAGCGGAAAGACAGCAGAGGAUGAAGGCUGGGGAGAAGGGCAACCAAUCAUUCGAAUCAUGAACAGAGAGGUUCGAGUAAUGAAACGCUGGGGCUACGAGUGGGAAGAGACCUCAACAAAAGAGAAAGUCAAGAAUGAGGAAUGCACCGUGAGAGAGGAGGACUCAACACAAGGGGCCCUUGUAGGUGACAAUCCGCCGACUGAAGCUAAAGAGCCCGCGCUAUGGGGUAUCGAUCUGGAGGCACUCAAGAAAGCCAACUAUGGAUCCAACUCGCACAAAGGAUCAAGCCAACUCCCAAUAUACACCGCUCAAGGGGCACGAGCGUAUCUGCUGAAGUCGUUCGAAACCCCAAAAGCGGCCUUGACCGACAGCGAGGCUACACCUGUCAAAAGGACCGCUGCUUCUCUAACAGCGGAAAAAGAGCGGAAUCUUGGGAUGUUGCUGGGCGCUCUCGAGCUUUUGUAUCAGUCUUGGGCCCAGGUUCUGAGCAAAGAAGACCUCGAUAGACAAGCUUGGGGCUGGUAUGUACGUAUCCGUCCGGAAGUGGCGUCCGGCCAGGCCGGCUGGGGCGAGAAGGGCACUGUAAAAUUGUCAGACAUUCUUGAGCUGAGGCGGUCUGUGGAUCAACGAAUGUAA